ACAUUUAAAGUUUAUCAUUUUCUGCAUGUAUAAUCAAAGGCGGCGAAGAACAAAGGGCAGCUCCCAACAGCUCAUGAGCUGUUUAUGAAGACGCACUUCAAGGAAGUGCCUGGGAAAGGCACAGUACCAGCCAACACCAAAGCACAGCAUAUUGCGGAGGCCUACCAGAAGAAAGUUGAAGAAGCACGCACCCAAGGGAUUCAAAAGAGUCCAAAUGAGUUGUACUGGGAAACUGUAGGUGGUCGAAACAAGAAGGGUCGUGUGAAGGGACUUGGCCAAGGUGCGGAGCUGUAUUACGGCUGCCGGAAGAGUUCCAAGUCUUCCCAGCAGUACACGCCUUCCUUUCUUUCCCAGAUGCAAGAUCAAAUGGACCAGAGGGUUGAGCAGAGGUUGGAGGAGAGGGUGCAAGCUAUGCGGAGUGAAAUGGAAGUCGAGAUGGAGACUCGAUUGGCCGAAAUAGAAAGGAGAAACCAAGAGAGGUAUGAAGAGAUGAUGCGUCGAUUCUCCAGCAACGACUCAUGUUCCAACAUUCCACAUCAGCGUCGAGACCCCACGAACGACGACCAUGGUAGCGGCGGUGCAGGGAUAGGUACUCCAACUGUAGCUUAG